GACAGAAAACGAGUCGGUAAAUAUGUUUCACCAGUGUGGGAACUUGAUCUUAAGGUUAAAUUUGAUAAACUUUAACUCAGAUUGUUGCUCCUGUUGUCCCUGUGUGUGUAUCUGAUCUUCUCCAGCAUCACAUGAGGCACAUGUUUCUGACAUUAGAUGACACGACUCACAAUUUAUCGCAAUAAUGAAGAAGGCCAGAGAGCAAAUAUUCAUUUUUCUGAUCAACAUCUAAAUAAUUGGGAAGAAAACAGUAUUUGUUCUAAGUUGAUGUUAGUUUCAGUUUCUUCUUUGGAUCACAAUAAAAACAAAACAAAAGGAAUUUCAAUUCACUUUAUUCAUAACUGAUUUCAACAAGAACAUUUGUUUCACAGAACAGUGGAAGAGAAACCAGAUCAUCCAAAUACAUCAAUACUAAUAUUAAAGCAAUACUACUGGAGCACAGUGAAGUUUAGAUUUCCAUGAGGAGAGAUAUAUCUGUGUCAUAUAAGAAUGAAAGGAAACUUCAGCAGUGAUAUUCUUUAUUCUAUUAUAUAUUCUUCACAGAUUCUAAGAUGAACUGAAGUCUGGGGAGGUUUUCAUGUUUCCUUUGACCAGGAACGCAGAGACUUUCCUUCCAGCGUCAUGUAGAGGAACAAACUCCACUGAACUCCUCCUGUUCUUUAUUGAAAAAUUAUGAUUUCUACAUAUUUGUUGAAAUCAUGUCAGUUUGUUCUCAUGUCACUUUGCUAAGACGAGAGUUUUAGCGCUGUCAAUCACUCUCAUGUACUUGCUGCUAAAUGUGCUAAUGGUGGACAAACAACUUACCGUUAUGUGACAUAAGUGGUGUCUGAAACUUAAAUAGUGAAAUAUAGCGCCACCUGGGAUUGUAGAGCCAGGACUAUUCAGUUUCAGUUUCAGGUCAGGACGACACAGAGAGGUGGAUUAUUACUUUUUAAAAAUAUUAUUUAUUUCCACAAAGGUUAAAAAUAGUCCUACAACAAUACAACCUAAGCAUAAAAGACAAUUUACAAACUGGACUAAAUACAUAAUAUAGAUAUAUUGCACAUUAGCUCAUCAAAGGUAAAUGGUAUCCUCAAACCCAAAUAACGAAACAUAAAAAAUUAUUAAUGCAAAAGCAUUGGAGCCCCCCAAAAACAUGCAAAGCAAACGAAUAAACAAAAUAGCAAAACGACUCAUGCAGCAAAAUUACAGAAAGGACUGAACCUGGUUGAGUCCUGACCUAAAUAAAAUAAAAUAAAAUAAAAUGAAAUUAUAACUGGAUGACAACUGAAAGAGGCCUGCAGCAGAAGGACGGGGAUAAAACAACGGCUUGUUCAGGAGGAAGCGGCUUUGGCGUUUCUGUGCCCAUCAUGCGGGUCGGGGGGGGGGGAAACGGACUUGGAGUGAGCCACGGCACAGAGCCCCAAACCUGCUGGACAAGGAAAGGACUUACCCCGGUGAGAGCAGAAGGGAGACCACCCAACCCGACCUCAGACCUGGACCCAAAACAGGCAUGAUCACUCAGAACCACCUAAAAACCAGACAAAAGGGAGACCACAGUGCCACCCUGGAGGGUUCAGCGCAGACACGGCCGAUCCAGACUGUGGUCCGCGGCUCAGAACCGGCACCGUCAUCUGAGGCUAUGCUAACUAGCCUAGCAUUCAUAGGCAGUGCUAAAAGCUAGUAGAGAGCCAGGGGGUUAAGACCCGCCCCCUGGCUCUGAUUGGUUACUUCCAGUUAGCCUGUGAGAAGGCAGGAGCUUGAUUUUGAUGCCAUGUUGUGACAUGACAGUUUCAACAAACAUGUAAAACAACAUGUUUCAUAAAAGUUACUGCAGCUUUAAGAGCUUCAACAUGGCGGGUCCUGGCAUUAGUGUCAGGUGAUCCCAAACAUCAGCGGACCUGCAGCAGAAUGACAGAAAGAGGGGAAAAUGAAGGUUCUGCAAUGUCCUAGUCAAAGUCUAUACCUCAGCCUGAUUGAAAUGCUGUAGUUUGAAGCAGUACUGAAGAGUGAAGCUAAAUUCCUCCACUGCUGAGAGUGACUGCUGCUGAAGGAGGGGUAGCCCCAUGUUUCACUUAAGUCUCUGUUAAAUAAACUUUACAGUCGACUUCAAAGAGAAAAAACUGGAAGAAUCAAGUCCAAGAGCUCCAAGAGGAGGAUUGUUUCCAGUUUGCGCUGACUCAGUUAGUGUAAUUAUAAACUCCAUCCUGUGUUUGGUUGAGCCCUGGUGACUCAUCCAUUCAGGCUCCCACAGCAGAACAACCACCUACCAAGUGCCAAAGUUGGGGCCAGCCUCCCUCCUCUCCACCCAUCUCAUUCUUUCCUACACGGGCACUCGCAUCCAUCUGCAGACGCUCAGUAACACACCCAGCAGCCAGGAGAACAGUGCUCCGGUCCGAAGACACUCAGAAGAACCAGCAAACAAGUCGGGGAAGAUCGACGAGUAGUUUCCGCUUCAUCUAGCAGGAUUUAGAAAAGGCUCUGAGGUGAAAUGGCGACACCCAAAAACACUCCCAGAGGCGGAAGCACCCCGCUGUCCCCCAACCGCAUCACGCGGCUGCAGGAGAAGGAGGACCUCUCCAACCUCAACGACCGUCUGGCCGUCUACAUUGACAAGGUGCGCUUCCUGGAGGCGGAGAACGCCGGCCUGCGUCUGCGCAUCACCGAGUCUGAGACGGAGGUGACCCGGGAGCUGACGGGCCUGAAGACCGCCUACGAGACCGAGCUGGCCGACGCCCGGCAGACUCUGGACUCGGUGGCCAAGGAGCGGGCGAGGCUCCAGCUGGAGCUGGGCAAAGUCAGGGAGGACCACAAGGAGCUGAAGGCCAGGAACACCAAGAAGGAGUCGGAGCUGGCGGCUGCCCUGCAGAGGCUCAGAGACCUGGAGGCUCUGCUGAACUCCAAGGACGCCUCUCUGACGACGGCUCUGGGAGAGAAACGCAGUCUGGAUGCGGAGAACCGGGACCUGAAGGCCCAGGUGGCGAAGCUGGAGGCCAGUUUGGGCGAUGCGAAGAAGCAGCUGCAGGACGAGAUGCUGCGCCGGGUGGAUGGAGAGAACCGGAUCCAGACGCUGAAGGAGGAGCUGGACUUUCAGAAGAACCUUUACUCUGAGGAGCUGCGGGAGACGAAGCGUCGCCACGAGUCCCGCAUGGUGGAGCUGGAUAACGGCCACCAGCAGGAGUUUGAGAGCAAACUGGCCGAAGCGCUGGCAGAGAUGCGCAGCCAGCAUGAGCUGCAGAUUAAACUGUACAAGGAGGAGGUAGAGAAGACCUACAACACCAAGCUGGAGAGCGCCCGUCAGUCCGCGGACAGGAGCAGCCACCUGGUCGGCGCCGCCCACGAGGAGCUGCAGCAGACCCGGAUCCGCCUGGAGUCCACGUCCGCCCAGCUCAGCCAGCUGCAGAAACAGCUGGCGGCCCGCGAGGCGAAGCUGAGGGAGCUGGAGGACGCCCUGUCGCGGGAGCGGGACACGACCCGCCGGCUGCUGGGGGAGAAGGACCGGGAGAUGGCGGAGAUGAGGCAGCGCAUGCAGCAGCAGCUGGACGAGUACCAGGAGCUGCUGGACGUGAAGCUGGCUCUGGACAUGGAGAUCUGCGCCUACAGGAAGCUGCUGGAGGGAGAGGAGGAGAGGCUGCGUCUGUCCCCCAGCCCUCCUCCCACCAGAGUGACAGGAAGCCGCUCCUCCACCUCCGUGGCCCACUCCCGCUCCAUCCACGGCAGCGCUCGCAGCUCCCCGGCAAAGAGGCGCCGCCACAACGACACCGACAGCGAGGCGUCCAGCUUCGCCGGCGGAGCCGUAGCGCGCACCCGCAUCACCCAGCAGGCCUCGGCCAGCGGGCGGGUCACUGUGGACGAGGUGGACCUGGAUGGGAAGUUCGUCCGACUCAGCAACAAGGCGGAUGAGGACCAGAAUCUGGGGAACUGGCAGCUGAAGCGGCAGAUCGGAUCCAACUCUCCGAUCAUCUUCAAGUUCCCGGCUAAGUUCACCCUGAAGGCCGGUCAGAGAGUCACGAUCUGGGCCUCUAGCUCUGGAGGAGUCCACAACCCUCCUUCAGACCUGCUGUGGAAGACCCAGAGCUCCUGGGGAACCGGAGACCAGUUCCAGACCACCCUGAUCAGCGCCAGUGGAGAGGAGAUGGCCAUGAGGAAGGUAACCCGCACUCAGUUUGAAGAUGAAGAUGAAGACAUGCAGGUGGCUCACAGCACCUGCGCAGACGGCGAGUACAACCUGCGCAGCCGGACCGUCCUCUGCGGCUCCUGUGGACUUCCGUCUGACAAAUCCAGCAACUGCUCCGUGUCGUCUGUGUCCCGCUCGUUCCGCAGCGGAGGAAUUUCCGAAGGAUUGGUGCCACAGUCGUAUGUGUUCAGCAGCAGCACACCUCGUAAGACUGGAUCCAGGAUGGAGAGCUGUCCGAUCAUGUGAACACAUCGACCAAUGAAGAAGUUUACAUUUUAUCUGAGUAGUGUGUAGAAAGUAUUAGCUUUUAGUUUUCUUUUUAUACUUUUAACAUUUUUCAGGUUGUAAUAAUUCUGACUUUUAUAUUAAUUUCCAUUGUGCACCCAUGCAUGCUUAAAGAUAUGACUUGACUUAUGGUUAAAAGUUUAGUUUUUCCUUUAAGAAAAACUAAGAGGAAAUGUUUUUGUAUGUUUUUUUCCUUUUAUAUUCAAUUCUGUUUCUGGUCUUUCAGCUUCAGUUAAAUCUGACUGGUGUCAUUAUCAGUAACAUUAUUUUAGCUAAACUGGGCUACAUAACUGCAGAAAAUGUAUUUUCCUGAUAUAAAUAAAAAUAUUUUCUAAAAAUUUA